AUGUUGGACAGUAUGGGUCCCGACAAACCAUUUAAUCCGAUUGAAUAUAUUUAUCUAACGUUUCUCAAUAUAAUUGCCAGCAGUGUAUUUGGACAAAGUUACACAUUAGACGACCCGGAAUUUCGUCAAAUCAAAUAUACAUUCUAUGAUCUGGAGUUCGAAACCGGCAAUUGUUUUGUUUUGUGGGAAUGGGCGCCAAUAUUUCGUUGGCUGUAUAGACCGGAUCUAUUCAACAAAUAUAAGCGCCAUUUUGUUAGUUUACGUCAACUAAUACAACAAAAAUUUCUGGACCAUCGACACGAUUAUCAACCAGAUAUUGAACGAGACUUUUGCGAUGCACUGAUAGCCACUGCCGAUGAAGCCGUACGUCAAUCAAAAGAGUCGGCACCCUAUCUGACGGAUGCAAACCUAUCGAUGACUGUAUUCGAUGUAUUCUUUGCCGGUGUCGACACCUCUCAGAUAACAUUUCAAUGGCUGCUACUGUUGUUGGCCUACUAUCCUGAUGUACAGCAACGGGUACGCCAGGAAAUCGAUAGGAUUAUUGGCGACCAUUUGCCCGGACAUGUGGAUCGCGACCGGUGUCACUAUACUAUGGCAGUCAUAUCGGAAACGUUACGCUACAGAAAUGCGGCCCCGUUUGGUGUAUCGCAUAAAACUAUGGUCACCACUAAACUAGGCCAAUAUACUGUUCCCAAAAAUACAGCAAUUGGCGUAUUUCAAGGCUAUAUACUAAGUAACGAUAGCGACAAACAUUGGUCGGGCGGCAACGGUAUGGACUUCAGGCCCGACCGAUUCAUUGACAGCGACGGCAAAUACAUACAGAAACGUUUUCAAUCGUUCAUACCGUUUGGUUUGGGUCGUCGGGUAUGUCUGGGCGAACGGCUGGCCUAUGCCGACCUGUUUCUGGUAUUAGUACGACUCAUACAGCGUACCCGUAACUAUGAUAUUGUAUUGGACAGUCAUCAGGGUCUCGACCCUAACCAUGAUAUACGUGAUGUGGUCACACCCAAUCAGUUCAAUAUUGUUUUGAAAACUAAACUGUAA